AGUUGCGAUGCUUGAAGGAAAGCUCUUUUUUUCUGUACCUUCUACUACUCAAGGCUAAUUCUAUUAUUAUAUCUUAUUUCUUUUAAUCAAACAAGCAAGCACUACUGUUUUCUGAUAGUUUACGUAGAGUAAUAACAAUGGUCGAUGUAGAAGUGCGCAUUCCUAGCGACAAAUCCGAUGUUGUAGACGCGUAUUUGGCCCUAUGCGUACUGCGGAAGUUACCAGAAUAUACAAGAGCGCUGAAAAGCGGUUCAUCUAGUACCUCGUACCGCGUCAUUGACAAUUCGAUCUCUGCCGCGAGAUGGUAUUACCGUCGCUACUCUAAAUAUGAGGGCUUCAUACGGCUUCUCAACGCGUAUAUGGAGGCUGUCAAGUUGGAGGCGGAAGUCACUGCUCUUGAAAAGGCUUACGAAAUUGCCGAGCAAUGCGAACUGCUCCCGAUCCCACAACUUUGCCAACGAAUUCCUACGCACGUGGUUUUGGUGUUGGUGUUGUCAGCAGCGUGUUCUCUCGCCGUGGUAAUUGUCGUGUCCAUUAGUUUAGGGAGGGCACAUAAGAAUUCCGACUGCUCAUGCUCUUCCAGCGGGACGCGGGUGACUUUGGGUGGUAACAGCGAGAACAGCAGACGCGAAAGGGUUGCGGCCAUUGUAUUGAGCGCGAUUUCUCUUUUGUGUUGUUUUGUGAUAUUUCCGUUGCUCUACACCACCUCGGCACGAGCAAUUUACUCUAGCUCGGAGAAACUCGCCGAUAAAGCACUGCAGCUGUUGACAAAUUGCGAGAAGCACGAAGAGCUUUCAAUGAAUCCACUGUCAGAAACCAGCGAAAUUGGCGAUGGUACCGUUGUUGGACGCAACGCCGGUUUUCUGAUCGACAAAGACACCGCUGUUCGCAAUCGCAAAUCGAUUACGACGCUGCUGACGGAGGCCACCGAAGACGAGGGGGAUGUUGUUCUGCGCAGCAGAGGACUUCCUCCUGUCGCGGUGAGCCUUAGCGCGUUUUACCGGAACACGAUCAUCAUCAUGACGAAUAACGACGGGCAAAUUGUAAUGUGGAGCGAUGGAGCAGCGGCCUGCUUGGGGUUUAGCGCACGCGACACCGAGGGUAACAACAUCAACACGCUUCUUUACGGCGAAAAAUCGGUCGAACAGUAUGCGACGAUGAGGGCGGCGGCGGCAAAAAACCUUGACUUGUCUGAGAAAACAUUGACGCUCGCACACAUAAGUCUUGGUAGCAUCUCAAUUAGCGGGACAGUGGUAGGUAGCCGGGACGCCGAAACAAAUGAACACCUAGGCUACACGUUGAUUGGCUCCGUGCGCUUCGAUGAGCUGUCGCAAACCCAAGCUCUUUUCCACUCCUUCUUCGUUGCGGAGCUUCUGCAGAUGAAUUUGAAGAACCGGCAGGCUCGCCAGAUAUUGGAUUGCUUGCAGUUGAAAAACCUCCGCGACUUCUCUGCGUUGGCGAGGGAUUGGAACAUUGUUCACAUUCGCCGCCUGCUGGCCGAUGUGAUCAAGGAUCGGCACCGCUUCGUCAAUGUCGAUGUUGACCCCAAAGUGAACGAGCUGCCACCUAUUCUCUGCGACGCUGUCAACGUGACGUCGGUGUUGAAUCGCGUUUGCGACCUCUUCACCAAAAAAAUUCGUAUUCGAGUGGAGCAGAAAAGCGUCACAAGCGCCAUCUACCAGCUUGUUGUCACUUUUCACCACGACAUGGCGGAGGUGGAUCAACCGAACCUCUCUGCUAUUACGCGGUCGGUCAACGACCUUGGCGGGAUGUUGAUUGACCUUCCCGGCAGGAUACAGUUGUGUUUACCGUUCAUGACGAAGGACGAAGGCAUCCAAGCACUUACGCCUCAGGAAAUUGCCGACCAGAAGUCCACUGGCCACGAUCCGUUUGUGGUGCUUCUCCUGGAAAAGAACGCGCUUCAUCGGCACAACAUCUCUGCCGCCGUGUGGAAUUAUGGCCACUCGCUUCGACUCGUCGAUAAUGUUCGCAAAGCAUUGGAGGCGAUUGAGGAUUCCACCAACAUCGGCUGCGCAAUCGUCGACGUCGAUGCAAAAGGCUCGGACCGCGUCAUUGAGGGAUUGCUAUCGAAGCAGAUCUACACGAUUGAGACCUCCGAAGUCUCCGACGGCGUUGUAAAGCGUGGUGACGCCCUGCUGACGAAGCCGCUGUCCAACGACGAGCUUUUGAGGGAGCUGAACAAGGCAGAGGAGAAGGUGGAAGAAGCCAAGCGCGCAGAAGAGCAAAUUGUUAAGCAGCGGAGGAUUUUCGAAAAGGUACGAAAGGAGCCGUGGGAGAAGGGACGUUUGCUGGGGCGAGGUGGGUUUGCGACGGUGUACGAGGCGACGUCGACGCUGACGAGCGGCAAGAUGGCCGUGAAGAUGAUUCGUGUGAGCGGCAGCUUCGAGGAACAUAUCGAUGCUUUCCUGAACGAGAUUGAAAUUCUAUGCAAGCUGACGCAUCCGAACAUCAUUCACUACUUCUACUGCGAGCGCGCCGAGACGACGCUGAACUUGUUCAUGGAACUGGCCGAUCAAGGCACGGUGGCAGACCUGCUGCUGCGCUGCCCACGCCUGCCAGAGAACCACGUCGCGACCAUUGCAAAGCAGCUGCUCCAAGCGGUGAAGUACCUCCACGAGUCCGGGAUCGUGCACCGCGACAUCAAGCCAGGCAACAUUCUCAUCUCACAAGGCCAGCUGAAGUUGUCCGAUUUUGGAACGGCCACCAGCAACAUCAACAUGGAGGAAGGCACGGUCGGCACCAUUACCUAUAUGGCUCCAGAGGUGGUGGAUGGCAAGGCUGGCGGCAAGGAGAGCGACAUUUGGUCUAUCGGCUGCGUGGUGUGCGAGUGCUUGCAGGUGAAGCGGCCUGGCGGUGGCCUUCUCGGGUACGGCGCACCAAAAGAGUUCCCCAGCGACAUCUCUGCCAACGCCAUUGACUUCAUCAAAGCUUGUAUGCACACGAACCCGGUGGAGCGAGCCACGGCUGGUACGCUCCUCUUGCACAACUUCAUCGUGCACCUCGACCACGAGGUGUCACAGCUCGCUGAGGUCCCCCCGGAGGCAGCUGCGAACGACGAGGCGAAACCCCUCAAGGACGAGAGCGCGUCGAGCGUCUCAGGCGCGAUUAGCUGGUCUUUUGAUUAG